CUUUCUCAUGUCUGUUUUUCUGCGAGCUCACUUCGCCACUUGCUGCGAUUUCAACUCUUUGGGGAGAGUUUCGCUCCUCACUCGUCUUUUCUUCCCAUCGGGUGCUUCACCCGUUUGGGGAGCAGUGCUCAAGUGCCAGCUGAUGGCUUUUGUAAUGCUCGUCCUUGCUCAGAUCACUUUAACAUCCCAGCUAGAUAAAGGUAUUUCGUUUUUGCUUUCUCUCUGAAAUGCUGAAUGCUGACAGGAGGGGUUGUGUUGUAUUUUUUGAGCGGGGUGUGUUGAUUUACAUUAUUUAAGAGUCAAGUCUUUGCUAUAAUCACGCAGGGCUUUUGUUUCUCUAUCUGUUUAUCAAUCUCUCUAUAUCCAUACAAAUAUUUAGCACGGAUUAUUGAAAGUAAAACGAAUGUCAGGUCUGAAAUAUAACGAGUUCUUCCAGGAGAAUAGAGACAUGUGGCUCUUGGGCUUGUUAUUCAAUGUGUCUUUAACUCCUUUGCCCCCAGCACCACGGUGGCUUUCAGGGGAAAAGUCACAGCCCUGAACGAGUUGGCAGCAGGUAGAUCCGUGCUGUUAAUACAGAUUAAGCUCAGCCCCUCGUUUUGGGAGUGAUGUAUCUUAAAACAUACCGUUAUGAAGCUGACUUCGAUAUUUUGUUUCAAAUUCGUAUUUUUAUCUUGUAAAUACCUCCAGUCUUAGGUUUCUAAAUGAGUGGAGCAUCUGGGCAGAGGUGUAGGUGAAUUCCUUGCGGGGUUGUAGCUCGGUGCUGGGAUCACGGGGUUCUCUUGUUUGUGUUAGCCAAGGAGAUAGAGCCCUUCAGUUGUUUGAUUGCUUGGAAUGGAAGGGGAGCAGCCAACAGGGACCGUGCCAGGCAAGUGCACCAAAAGCUCCUCUGCAGCCCAUGGGAAGGGCAGGAAGCCCUUGGAGGAGUCCUCCAUGGACGUGGAAGAGGAAAACGAAGGCACCAGGGAACCUGACAAAGAACCUCCCCAAGCCUCAGAUGAGGUGGUGGAUAAUCGAAGUUUAGAAGAGAUUUUGGGUAGCAUCCCUCCUCCCCCACCUCCAGCAAUGACCAGUGAACCUGGUGCUCCUCGGCUCAUGAUCACUCACAUUGUAAACCAGAACUUCAAAUCCUAUGCAGGGGAGCAAACUCUGGGACCUUUUCACAAGCGUUUUUCAUGUAUUAUCGGGCCAAAUGGCAGUGGCAAAUCCAAUAUCAUCGAUUCCUUGCUUUUUGUCUUCGGUUAUCGAGCUCAAAAAAUCCGAUCCAAAAAACUCUCGGUGCUGAUCCAUAAUUCUGAUGAGCACAAGGACAUCCAGAGCUGCUCUGUGGAAGUUCACUUCCAAAAAAUCACUGACAAGGAAGGAGAUGAUUAUGAAGUCAUUCCUGACAGCAAAUUCUGUGUCUCCAGAACUGCCUAUAGAGACAAUUCCUCCACCUACUACAUCAACGGCAAGAAAAAGACUUUCAGAGAUGUUGGGAUGCUCCUCCGAAGCCAUGGCAUUGAUCUGGAUCAUAACAGGUUCUUAAUUUUACAGGGGGAGGUGGAGCAGAUUGCCAUGAUGAAGCCCAAGGGGCAGACUGAGCACGACGAGGGGAUGUUGGAAUACCUGGAGGAUCUGAUCGGAUCCGCGCGCCUCAAGGAGCCCAUCCAGACCCUGUGCCGCAGAGUGGAGCUGCUCAACGAGCACAGGGGGGAGAAGUUAAAUCGAGUUAAAAUGGUGGAGAAAGAAAAAGAUGCCUUGGAAGAGGACAAGAAUAAAGCCAUUGAGUUCCUUUGCUUGGAAAAUCAAAUAUUUAAGGAAAAGAAUAAAAUCUGUCAGUAUUACAUCCAUGACCUAAAGAAACGAAUAAAUGACCUGGAAGUGCAGAAGGAAAAAAUUAAUGAAGAAACUAAAAAUGUUAAUGAGAAAAGCAGUAAACUUGCAGAGGAAACAAAAACCAAGAAUAAAGCUUUGAAAGAUCUUGAGAAGAAAUUCAAUAAAAUUACGAAAUUCAUAGAGGAAAAUAAAGAAAAAUUCACUCAGUUGGAUUUGCAGGAUGUGAAAGUGAGGGAGAAUCUCAAACAUGCCAAGAGCAAAGCUAAAAAACUGGAGAAGCAGCAUCAAAAGGACAAGGAAAAGGUGGAGGAGCUGAAGAACGUCCCCUCCACGAGCACCAAAGCCAUCGAGGAGGCCACAGCCAAGAGGGAACUGCUGGCAAAGGCCAAGGACAAGGAGGAGACCAAGCUCAGGCAGGUCCUGGCCAGCCUGCAGGAGGAGACCAAGGGAAUUCAGAAGGAAAAAGAGGGCAAGGAGAAGGAGCUGAUGGAGUUCAGCAGGGAGGUGACCGAGACCCGCUCCAACAUGGAGAUAGCACAGGCAGAGCUGGAGCUCUACCUGAGCAAGUACAACUCUGCUGUGGCUCAGCUCAGCCAGGCCCAGGAGGCCCUGGGCAGCACCUCCAACACCCUGAAGGAAAGGAAAGCUUCCAUCAAAGACAUUGCUGGGAAAUUACCCCAGGCUGAGCAGCAGCUCAGGGAGAAAGAGAAAGCUCUGGAGAAGUUGGAAAGGGAAGAAUGUGGGACCAAGGAUCUCAUGAGAAACCUGCGCCGAAAAGUGGAAGAAGCCAAAAGUUCUUUGGCACAAAGUCGCAGCCGAGGAAAAGUGCUCGAGGCUCUGCUCCAGCAGAAGAAAUGUGGGAAUAUUCCUGGGCUCUAUGGAAGGCUGGGAGACCUGGGAGCCAUCGAUGACAAGUAUGACGUGGCCAUUUCCUCGUCCUGUGGAGCCCUGGAUCACAUUGUUGUGGACACCAUUGACACUGCCCAGGCCUGUGUGAACUUCCUGAAGGCUGGAGGGAUUGGAGUUGCCACCUUUAUAGCCCUGGACAAGAUGGCUGUGUGGGAAAAGAAAAUGCAGAAAAUCCCAACUCCUGAGAAUAUCCCACGGCUCUUUGACCUGGUGAAGGUGCAGGACCCCAAGGUUCGCUUGGCCUUCUACUUCGCUCUCAGGGACACUCUGGUGGCCAAAAACCUGGAAGAAGCCACCAGGAUAGCAUUCCAAAAGGAGAAAAGGUGGAGGGUGGUAACCCUGCAGGGACAAAUCAUCGAGGUGUCAGGAACCAUGACUGGUGGGGGAGGAAAAGUCAUGAAGGGCAGAAUGGGCUCCUCAGUCGUGAUGGAUAUCUCAGAAGAAGAGAUCAGCAAGAUGGAAUCCCAGCUGCAGAGGGAUUCCCAAAGAGCUGUGCAGCGUGAGGAGGAGAAAUCCCAACUUGAGGAAGCCAUAAGGAAACUGCAACAGGACAUUCAGGAAAUGAGGAACACCUCUGAGAAAUACACAGCCAGUAUCCAGGGUUUUUCUGAACAAGAAAUUAAUCUGAAAAACCAAAUCAAGGAACUCGAAGCCAACGUCGCUGCUGCUACUCCAGAUAAAGCCAAGCAGAAGGAGUUGGAAAAAGUCCUUAGUGGUUAUAAAAAAGAUUACCAGCGUGUGGCUGAGAAGGCUGGCAAGAUGGAGGAGGAGGUGAAACGCCUGCACCAGCUCAUCAUGGACACCAACAACCAGAAACUGAAGGCUCAGCAGGACAAAAUUGAUAAGAUUGACAAGGAAAUGGAUGAAUGCUCCUCAGCCAUCACCAAGGCUCAGGUGGCAGCCAGGACUGCAGACAGGAACCUGAAGAAAUCCGAGGAGGCUCUGCAACGCAUGGAGAAGGAGAUGGAAGAAAAUGAGAAGGAGAUGAAAAAACUGACAGCAGAGCUGACAGCCCUGGAGGACAAAGCCACCGAGGUGAUGAACGAGUGCAGGCAGGCUGAGGAAGCUUUGCCAGCAGUGCAGGAGGAGCAGAAGAAAUUACUCCAGGAGAUGAAAACUAUUCAGGAUGCUGAACAUGCCCUUCAAAGUGAAGCUCUGAGCAUCAAGCUGAAAAUGGAACAAAUCGACAGCCACAUCUCCACCCACCAGGGAAAGGUUAAAUACUGGCAAAAGGAGCUCUCCAAGUUAUCCCUGCACGCCAUCGAGGGCGAGGCCCCCGAGGAGCUGCGGCUGCUGAGCCAGGAGGAGCUGGAGGCGCUGCAGGAGCCCGAUGUGCUCAGCAAGAAAAUCGCGCUGCUGGAGGCGGAGCGCCACCAGCUCCGCCCCAACCUGGGAGCCAUCGCCGAGUACAAGAAGAAGGAAGAGCUGUACCUGCAGCACGUGGGAGAGCUGGACAACAUCACCAGCGAGAGGGACAAAUUCAGAGAGGCCUUUGAAGAGCUCAGGAAACAGAGGCUGAAUGAAUUCAUGGCAGGAUUUAAUGUCAUCACCAACAAGCUGAAGGAGAACUACCAGAUGCUCACGCUGGGAGGGGAUGCUGAGCUGGAGCUUGUGGACAGUCUGGAUCCCUUCUCAGAGGGAAUCAUGUUCAGUGUCCGGCCUCCCAAGAAAAGCUGGAAGAAAAUCUUCAACCUGUCAGGAGGAGAGAAGACCCUGAGCUCCCUGGCCCUGGUGUUUGCCCUUCACCACUACAAACCCACCCCCCUGUAUUUCAUGGAUGAGAUCGACGCUGCCCUCGACUUCAAAAACGUCUCCAUCGUGGCAUUUUACAUCUAUGAACAAACCAAAAACGCCCAGUUCAUCAUCAUCUCCCUGAGGAACAACAUGUUUGAGAUUGCAGACAGAUUAAUUGGGAUUUAUAAAACCCAGAACACCACCAAAAGUGUGGCCACCAACCCCAAAAUCCUGGCUGUGAAAGGACUGGAGGAAAUUGCCCUCCCUGGGUGCAGUGCAGCCCAAAAAUAGGGAGGAAGCAACUUCCAGCCCCAUGGCUGCUGUUCACUUUUAUCUGCUCUCAUUUUGUAUUGUGGACUUUGUUUUGUAAAUUUUGAAUAAAUUUUGUAAAAUAUUAUAUUAAUAUAAACCCAGCCUCAAA